AAGACUCGAAACUUCAUAUUUCUGCACGCUUUACGGGAAGUUGCCGUAACACUUGCUAUUUGUGAAAUAUCUUUUUGAAGGAAAACUGGAUCUAGGGUUAGGUGAGAGAGAGAGAGAGAGACUGUGUGUUCUUUUGCGUUUGAGAGAGAGAAAAAGAAAGAGAGAGAGAGAGAGAGAGACGAGCGCAUCAUGGAAGAGAGUGGGAUUGAUAGCAUUGAUGCAAUACAUGAGGGCAGAAGGUCGCCCCUUCUGGCACCGGACAUUGAGCCGGAUUCAGGAUGCGAGCCAUCGUCGUGGAGAAUCAAUCUACAGGAAUUCCCGUCACUGCCAGAGAGAGGAGAUGGCGAUCAUGGUUCCUACAAUCUUCGCCGCCUUCUUCAUACCACAAGGAAACGCAACAAGAUUGCUGAUUAUUACAAGAAGCAAGAAAGGCUCCUUGAAGGGUUCAAUGAGAUGGAGACCAUGGUUGUAGCAGGUUGUCUGCCUAGUCUAACAGAGGAUGAGAUGAGGCAGCUUGUAAAGAGUGAGAAGAUGGCGGUGUAUGUAUCAAACAUAGCUAACUUGGUGCUCUUUGUGGCAAAGGUUUAUGCUUCUAUUGAGAGCAGAUCACUGGCGGUUAUUGCCUCAACCAUGGAUUCGCUCUUAGAUCUCUUGUCAGGGUUUAUAUUGUGGUUCACUGCCCAUGCCAUGAGAAAGCCAAACCAGUAUCACUAUCCAAUUGGAAAGAAACGGAUGCAGCCAGUGGGAAUCAUUGUUUUUGCAUCAGUAAUGGCAACUCUUGGAUUGCAGAUACUGAUUGAGGGUGUUCGAGAACUCAUGUCAAAGUCCAAGCCUGAAACGGAUCCCCAGAAGGAGAAAUGGAUGAUUGGUAUAAUGGUCUCUGUAACAAUUGUGAAGUUUGUGCUCAUGGUCUAUUGUCGCAGAUUUAAAAAUGAAAUUGUUAGGACCUAUGCACAAGAUCAUCUUUUCGAUGUUGUUACAAAUUCAGUUGGUUUGGCAGCAGCUGUCCUGGCCAUCCGAUAUUACUGGUGGAUUGAUCCUACUGGAGCUAUUUUAAUAGCAUUAUAUACAAUGAAUACAUGGACGAAGACAGUCAUUGAGAAUGUAUGGUCACUAAUCGGAAGAACAGCACCACCUGAGUUUCUGGCAAAGCUAACAUUUUUAAUAUGGAACCACCAUGAAGACAUCAAGCACAUUGACACAGUUAGAGCGUAUACUUUUGGUAAUCAUUAUUUUGUGGAGGUUGACGUAGUUUUGCCACAAGACAUGCUUCUGAACAAAGCACAUAAUAUUGGUGAGACACUUCAAGAGAAGCUUGAGAAACUCCCUGAAGUUGAGCGUGCUUUUGUGCAUAUAGAUUUCGAGUAUACUCAUAGGCCUGAACACAAGAUCACAACUUGAUGGCACUAGUGAUGACUGAUGAUCAUGAUGGCCGCAAUGAUCAUAUCCCAGCCUUUCCAAAACACAAUGGCCUUCAAAUAAUGUUAGAAUAUAGUUUUUCUAUGUUGGGUUUAUAUUUUCCAUAUUAGAUUAUUUCUCAUACACGUGAUAUUGUAAUCAAAUCAUAUUACCUAAUUUGUAUUGUUUUCACUUACCACCUUUCCCCUGUAAAUAGGGGUAAUAAGAGUACAAUGUAGCUCAGUGAUUACUAGGGGUGAACGUAGGUGUCUACCGUAACACCGAACUACCUCAAAAACUUUUCUUAUCCCA